ACCCGUAACACACCAUAGCAAUAAUUGAGACACAGAAUUUGCAGUUUGAGUUUCAGGUUUUCCCUUCAACUCUGGCAUGGGUGAGUCCAACACAAGCGUCAACGAAAUCCUCGUCUAUGAAAUCCGUAGAGAAAAUCUGAAUCUUAUCGGCGUAGCCCUUGGCGAAGCACUGAGCGAUGAAAGACCUAGCAUAGCCAUGGAUGCGUCUGGUAACGGGUUUCACGCAGAGAACGGGGUUAUCCGCAACGGGCGUAACGGUGUUCUCAAUCCUAUAGAAGUAUUUACGCGACGCCACGGGUGGGUUAUCGCUCAAAUGCUUCAAAUUGCCGUCGAACUUGGUGAAUGGCAGAUCCGUGUUGAUCCAAUGAUCCUUCAGAAACCCACCACUCCACAGGGGACUCCCACCCUUUGGUUGCGCCGAUUUUCUCGGCUUCCAAACGCAGAUAACUCUCUUUGGUAAAACCUCCGCAACCGUCUUUCCAAAAACGCCGUCAUCUUGCGGAAUCAAAAACUCACCUAACUCACUCUCCAAGUGCUUGUCGAACUGUGGUGGGUCCUCGUGGCCGAACUCGGUUCUAAUCUCCAGAAUUAUUAUCUCGGACUCUGUCUCCGACAGGAACUUCUUGACGUCGUUGAGUACGACGUCGAUGCCGUAAGUGACGAGGAUGCCGUGGCACACGCGACGGUUCUCCUGGAUCCGAAUGUCGAGGACGCGCGUACCCAACACGAGUUGUUCAUAGAUGGAACGGGAUUGGCAUUGGGCGAAGGGACGAGUUACGAAUGGGAUACCAAUCUUGUUGGUUGCGGAAUCGUGGGUUCCUGGCCACACGAUCUGGUUGAUGUGGAGUUUCUCUGGGUUCAGACCAGACAUCCAGUUUUUCCUGUCUUGUGGGUGGUAUUCACAACCAGGGUACUCUACUCCACUACUUUUGAGAUCACACAGUGUUUUCUUCUGGGUGUGAAUUUCCUUUCUUCGUUCCAUCUGCUUAGAGACCUGAGACCCCAUCUUCGGUGUCCAAUUAUCAGUUAGUUUCUGCUUUUUGCUGUGGCAGCUGGACUUGGUGGUUGAUGAUCAAAACUCAACUAAUCAGGUUAGUUGAGUAGAGAAGAGCGAAGAGAGGAAGGAAAUGGACAGUGAAGAGGAUGGGGGAUGUUGGGUCUUGGAGUUUCUUCUUGGGAACCCACUCGUUGAAAGUAACCUGAUCAAGAAAGUGCUUUGGAAAAUCACCGUUCCAAACGCUGAUUCCCGCCUCAAGAAAACCAUUCUCCUCAAAACCCUUCAACACUACUUGUCCACAGUCUCUAUUGCCGAAUCCAUUCUCCAAACACUCGAAAUCCUCGAGGAACUCCUCCGUCUCGAGGGUUCUCCGAUCACCGCUGCCAUGAGCGCCGCCUAUUGCGCCGUCGCGGUCGAGUGCACUCUCAAGUACCUCCAACUGGAACUCAACGACAACCCUGCCUACCACGGAGCCGUCGAGAGGAUAUGGCGCGGUAGGGUUCGCUGGAUGGACCCUUCAAUGAACGCUUCCCGUGAAGGAAGCCUUCUGUUCUCCGCCGAGUUGAAGCGGUGGAGAAAUGACAUUGAGGCUUCCCUUUUGGACUCGCGCUUGAGGGAGAGGCUGGCCUCCAGUCGUACCAGAAGAAACGCCGUUCGUAAGCUUAAGGUUUAUUUGGCCGAAGCAAUGCAAAAUCUGGGUCCUUCCUUUCUCGAGGUAGCGGCGUCGAUGCCUGCAAACAAUGGUAGGAUCGAUGCUGUUGAAUCAAUGAGGGCAGAAGAUGAUGGUAUUGAUGCUGAAACGAGACGAGCUUGUAGUGGUACUCAUGAAUUGACUCACCCAAAGAGAGUGUCUCCAGUAGAAAUUCAGAGGGACAAUAAGCUGUUUGAAGCCAAGGGUACUAGUGUUGCUGCUGAGGAAGCGGGUCCAUCAACAAGUCGUUGCAAAAAUGACUCUGUGCCGAAAGGGGCAUGUGUUGCCACUCAUGUAAACCAUGAAUUGACUCACCAAGAGAGAGUUGCAGUGUCUCCCGUAGAAAUUCUGAAGGACAAUAAGCUGUCUGAAGCCAAGGAUACUGGUACCGGUGCUGAGGAAGUGAGUCCAUCAACAACUUGUAGCAAAGUUGACUCUGCUACGAAUUGUGAAGUUCAAAAGGCUGGGGAAUCUCAUGAAGUUGAGGAUCCUAUACUUAAUUCCUUGCACAUGUCUGGCAAUGCAAGAGCUGAAUUGGCAAAGAAAGACAUGAAUCAAGAGCCGCCUAUUGAAAACCAGAGCAGAGAUGCAGAUGUAUCUUUUCCUCGGACUGGCCAGCGUAUUAAUAAUAAUGAUGAUAACCUGAACGAGGGAACUUCUGUCCCUCAGAAGGGUGAUCAGAGGCCAAGCUUGAUGGAAAAAAAUAACACUGCUUGUACUUAUGAGUGGAAUGAUGCGAUAGAUGGCUUGCAGGGAGGAACAUCAAAUCCUGAAAGUAGAUUUCAUUUCCCUAGCCCAAAGAGGAGGAAACUUUCUCCAUUGAAGAAGUAUGAACCAGCUAACAUUACAAGAAGGAGAAAACCAAAAAAAUGGAGUGUGUUGGAAGAGCAAACAUUACGGACUGCUGUGGACAAAUUUGGCAAGGGAAAUUGGAAACUCAUCCUAAAUUCUCACAAAGAUAUAUUUGAAGAUAGAACCGAAGUUGAUUUGAAGGAUAAGUGGAGAAACAUGAUGCGCUAUGGAUGCAAAUGAAUCAUUCAACCUGCAUACCUUUUGAAUAUUUUGAAGAGUCACCCCAACCACACAGCCUCACCUCCUAGUAGCGACCAUUGGCAGCACAAGGGGAAAGAACAAAGGUGUUGGAGUCCAACACCUCUAACAUGGUAUUGGAGUAUUUAAGAUUCUACUGAGAAAGUUUUCACACAAGAUUAUGUAUAAAAAUCCAAUUAAGCCUAAUCUCAUCUUCUAAGGCAUAAGUUAUCUGCUACUUUAAUAUGUAAGCAGGGAUUGAUGGAUAAGCUUAUAAAAUCAAGUGUUUCUACCAGAAAAAUAGAUUACAUUACAACUUGUCCCUUGUGAAAGUCUUCAUAGUAAAAAAGUGUUUGUAUAACAUACAUUAAAAUUUAGAAUUAAAUUCUGUGCAUUGUAAUCAUAAUAAUAUAAAGUUUAAAAUUAAAUUCCGUACAUUCCCUUAUAAGAAUCUCGUCAAAGAAAUUCUGUUCUUUGAAAUGAAAAAAAUGCUUGGUAUAGUUUUAGCUGUGCAGUAAAAGAUAGAGAGAAAUUAAUAUGCAUUGUAUUAUUCAACUCAGUUUCUUUAUAUGAACAAAUGAAUUACAUAUUGGUAGAGAGGCUACUACAAACAAGAGGGAGAAAACAAAAGUUAGUUACCGAUUGACAUAAUGGAACACAGCUACUACUGACUGAAAAAAAAAGAAGCUAAUUCCUGUAACUGCGAUUCCCCCGCGCCCCCCUAACUGAAUGCAACAUUUCAAGCUUGGAGAUCAAGUGCUGAAAAGGACAUGGGGUGAAUGGUUUGGUGAGUAAGACUGCAACUUGUAAGAGCAAGGAAAUAUCCAUGAGAGGUAGCAUCCUGGAUUGAAUAUUAUCUCUGAUGAAGGGAUAGUUUAUCUGUGUUUAGUCCUUUCUUAUAAAAUAGGAUCAGCUAUAAUGUGGAGGGCUAAUUGAUUAUCAUAAAAUAAAGAAAUGAAUAGGACUUGAGACAGAUGUGCUUCGUAGGCAACUUGAGCCAUAGCCUUGUAUUCAGCCUCUGAAGAAGAAUGAGACACUAAAAUUGCUUUUACUCUUCCAAGAGAUUAAGGAAUCUCUCAAAAAGAAGCAAAGCCAGUAAAAAACCUACUGUGUGAGUGAGUGCUCCCUAGUCCAACUGAUUGAAAUCAUGAAAUUUAUGUUUUGAUUAAGCUGAAAAGAAGAGACCCUUUCAAGGUGACCCCUUGAUAUGCCUCAAAUUUCAUAGAGUAGCCUGAUGAUAUACCACUGUAGGAUAAUCUAGAAUUUCACUCAAUUGACUGACAGCAUAAGAGAUGUUGGGCCUAUUAUUAGUGAGGUAACAUGAAUGCCCUUACUUUCUGUUUGGCUAAGUGAUAAAUCUCACAUGGUUUUCUACUUCUCUAAAAAGGGAUACAUCACACAACUUUUGCAAUAGUCAGAAAUUGGUUGUUCAAUUCAGUUGAUAAUCUAGUUGGUUAUUUGUUGUGACGUGCUUGACUAGCUAGUCAAAGUGUUUAGGUUAAUUGUCUUCUAUGAUGUGUUUGACUGCAGUAGUUACCUUAUUAACUAUCCAAUGGCUGCUGGUUAUAUGCUUGUAUUUGAAAUUCUUCCCUCCUUUGUUCUCUGUAUUGUGUGGUAUAUAUGUGCUAUCAUAUUAGGUUCUUCCAUAGCUUUGGAGGACCUCAUGACUACUUAGAGAUGUAGCUCGAUCGUCACAAGGAAUUGGAAACGGGCAUUUUGGGAAAUUCUAUAUUGCCAAAAGAAUGGAUGUUCAGACCCGCCAAUCAUCAAAGUUUUUUUGUUUUUGGGGGUGGGGGAGUGGGGGGUGGGGUGAGACUAUGGUUGGCAGACACCUAUUAAUAUCAACAGUGUCCCAUAAUAAUUUCCCCUAAUGGAACCGAAGUAGAAGAGAAAGCUGCAAUGAAGUUAUUGAAGAAGACUAUGAGCAGAGCUGAAGCCAGGUGAAUAUUAAAACAAGACCACCAAGAGAACCAUAGUACUAAGGCUACUUAGGGGUUCUCUCUCUUGAUGUUUGGAUGAUAUUUGGGUUUCAGGUUUAGUUUAAAGGGCGUAUUAUAUCAAGACAUGAUGUACCCUUUUUCCUACCAUGUAAAUCAAGUAUAUGGCUAUUUAGUACGCAUGUAGCAUGCUUUAUUGAGUAUUUAUGCAUAUGGUCACGGAUGAAAUGGUUUAUAAAUGUUAGAGCUCAACUUUUGGGGAAAAAAAAACUCGUGUUUUCCUCGAUAGCAUGCAAACAUCUCUUUUAAAAUAUCAUCAAAGGUGAGUGAAAACGAGGUGCCACGAUUUUAUUAAGACGUAUGUAAAUAAAUGGACACUGAAAGAAAAAACAAAUUAAUGCAGUUAACUUUGCACAGGUCAUGAGGAAAUGAGGAAGGAUUCACAAGUAGCAAUUGCUUGGGAAAGGCGUGCCAUGUUUAUUUCGUCAUUUUCGUGACAGCAGUAAUUCUCAUUCAAACGUGGAUAAAGGUAUGAACUGUUGCACGGUGCUCAAAGGCUAACCUCUGAAAGAAUAUAACAACCAACGUGCAAGUUGUAUAAAACGGUGCAGUGCUUAAAACCAUAAGAGCUAUAGUGGUACAAAAAAAAACAAGACCA